AUGCCAUCUACAUCCCACAAAGACUACGCUCCCUCAAUCAACUCCACCAAUACAAGUGGCUCUUUUGCCACGACUAGACCCCUUCUCCCAAAUCAAGACCAACCACAAGCCUCUAGAUCUCAACGAGCUCUCGAGAAAGCCAAGAAGCUUCUCUCGGCAAUCGGAGAGCCGCCGACGGCCGAGUAUGACCGCCAGCAAGUGGCACAAGGGAAUAAGGAGAAUAAGGAGAAGAGCGUGAAGGCGACGAAGUAUGGGGUUUAUGGGGCGGCUGGGCCGUCGGGGGGGAGAAUAUAA